AUGUCUAUGGACGAGGAAGAGGAAGACAGGGAUUUUAUAAACGUCGAGUUUGACUUCUCCGCGCCUUGCAAGACUGACCACCAGGCGCUCAAACGCCUCUUUCAGCAGCUUUUUUAUACGCAUGCACCGCAGAUGGACAUUGGCGCGAUGGCAGACUACAUCAUCCGGCUGAGCCAAGACAACGGGAUUGGUACCGUAGUCAAAGUGGAUGAUAUGGAACAGGUGCACGAUCCCUACGCCGUCGUGAGUGCAAUGACGAUCGGUGUACCGGGCGCCGAAGCGGCGGAGCAAAUGCGCGCCUAUCUCGUAAAACAGCUAUUGCGCGGCGCUUCGGGCAAGGCGCUGCUAGAACUUGUGCAGUCUGCUUCUGCUUCUUCACCGCUUGUGAUGCUGCUGCACGAGCGCAUGAUCAAUUUGCCGGUUCAAGUCGUGCCUCCAAUGCUCCGCAUGCUGUACGAAGAGUAUGAGCAAGGACGAGAAGAGGUGACGCCUGUAGCACCGAAACCAUCGCACAUGCUUGUGUUUUCGCGUGCGUUUAGUGCAGAUGCGUUUGAAGAAGAGAACGCGGAGGCGACAGGUCUUGCAGGCGCGCGAAAACGCAAGGCAGAGGAAGCUACACUUGGAAACAAGAGCAUGCGGAAGCAGCUGAAGCAGGUGUCGGGGCGUGCACCAAAAAGGCAGGCCGACGGGCUGGGCUCCUUCCACCCCGAGGACGAAGUAAUGAUGGAAUGUGCGUCGCAUACGUACACCUUCCGCUUCCCUCCGCCGCCAGACGCAGCAGACACGUACGAGGCGCCGAUUUUUGGACGCAUAUUUGCCAUUCCCUAUGCCCAAGUGCCUGCUGUAAUUAAGCGUGUAGAAGAAGAGUGGCCUGUGCCUAGCUAG